AUGUGCUACGUCAUGGACGACGAGGCACAGGUGCUCACCAGUUUCCCUACGAACGAAAGCAUCCUGGUUCACAUAUUCGCUUUGAUUCUUAUAAUCAUCUUAACUUUUACAACAAUUUCCCUAAACGGCGUUACCGUUUUCACGAUAUGGCGUUCGCGAAUACUGAGGCAAAAAUCGUCCAAUUUUACCAUUUUGUUACAAUCUGUCGUUGACUUUGCUAACGGAGUCUUCAUCAUGCCUUUGAUUACAUUUCACUGGGCGAGCGAGGCUGCAGGCAGCCCAAGUUGUGUCGCUGCUUACGUUGUCAAAAAGUCCGCAAUGUUGAUGACCUUUUAUACGCUAAUAACCCUGUCCGUCAUGAAUUUUGAUCGAUACAUGGGAGUCUUGCAUCCGUUCGUUCACCGGCGCGUGGUUACCAACGAGAGGCUGUUGGCAUACGUUAUCGCCGUUUGUACGAUACAGACGGUAAUCUACGGCUUCAGUGUAACCCAUAAUAAAAUAAUGCGUCCUAUUCUGGUCGCAACCACAACACUCUUCAUAUUCACAACCGUUUUCGUGUAUUUCAAGAUUUUUUUAUCAAUCCGCUCGAGAAAUCGAGUUGGAGUGAUUUUGGUGGGAAAAAACAUUGAAAGCGACGCGAUUCGUCUGUCACGACGCGACGUUUCUGAAAAAACCUCGGCCGAAAAUCGUAGCGGGAAAGCAGAGUUUUUGAAGGAACUCAAAGCGGCGAAAUCCAGCUUUUUAGUCGUGAUGUGUUGUCUUGUUUGUUACGUGCCAGGUACGCUCUCGUUCGGGCCGUUAAACCUGAUGUCGAGUUUCCUAGCGGUUGCGUUAAAAGUUUGGUUCGUCCUUCUUGCCAUGUUGAAUUCGACCAUGAACUCCAUCAUUUAUUUUUGGAUGAAUAAUAUGCUACGAAAACUUGGCAAGGAUAUGGUGAAGAGCAUGUGGAAUUCGUUAACGCGGCAAGUUUAG